UAUCUUAGCGACUUAGAAAGAGAUACAAAUAUCAUUGUGGUUAUAUGGUCUAUCGUCGUAUAUUAUUGAUAAUUCAUAAACGACCGUUGCUUUGAUUUGACGAAAUCCGUUGAAAAGUAAAAACGCGAAAAACUCAAUACGAAGUGAAUGUGAGUGAAAAAUACGACAAAAUGAAGUCUGCGAAAUCGAAACAAAAGUUAAACGAUAUGCGGACGCCGGCGCGGAGUAGACAAAACCUCGCGCAAGACCGAGAUCCUGUGCAAGUAUACUGCCGCCUUCGACCCAUGCAAAGAGACUCCGAUUUACCAUGUAUGAAGAUCGUGUCCCCAACCACGGUGCUCCUGACGCCUCCAGUUACGGCAUUCAGCUACAGAAACGAGAGCAACAAAACCAUGAAGUAUAUAUUCAAAGAGGUUUUCCCGCCCGAAACAUCGCAGCAAGAAGUGUUCGAUAAAGUCGCACAGCCCUUGGUAGAGGGCUUGGUGAAAGGUAAAAAUGGUCUUCUAUUUACUUAUGGUGUUACGGGAAGCGGCAAAACAUUUACAAUGACCGGAGAACCGCAAAACUGCGGGAUAUUACCUCGCUGCUUGAACAUAAUUUUUAAGACGAUCAAUGACUACCAGGCACCUAAAUACGUGUUCAAACCUGACAAAAUGAACAUGUUUGACAUCGCCACUGAAGCGGAGGCCAUGUUAGAAAGGCAGCAGGAGUUGCACAAAUUUAAAUCGAAUAGGAAAAACAAUUCGAACCCUGAUUUAGCUAUGUCGUCAUCUGACGUAACUAAAGUUGAGGGUAUCAAUGAAGACAACCAGUAUGCAGUGUUUGUAACUUAUGUAGAAGUUUAUAAUAACUGUGUCUAUGAUUUACUUGAAGAUAGCGCCCUCGAGCAAAAACACUUCCCUGUAAAACUUAUAAGAGAAGACGGGGCACGGAACAUGUAUGUCCAUGGAGUUACCGAGAUUGAAAUCAAAUCAGCGGAGGAUGCUUUUGAUGCUUUCUACAUGGGCUUGAAAAGGAAACGCAUGGCCCAUACCACAUUGAAUGCGGAAUCUUCUAGAAGUCAUUCCGUAUUUACUAUUCGAUUGGUGCAGGCACCAUUAGACGAGACAGGAGAAACUGUGAUUCACAACAAAAAGUUCCUUUGCAUUAGCCAAUUAAGCUUAGUUGAUUUAGCUGGUAGUGAGAGAACAAACAGAACAAAAAAUACUGGGCAGAGGUUAAAGGAAGCUGGUAACAUAAACAAGUCCUUAAUGACCCUGAGAACUUGUCUUGAAGCUCUAAGAGAGAACCAGAUUAACGGGACAUCUAAUAUGGUACCAUACAGAGAGUCUAAAAUUACUUUACUUUUCAAAAACUUCUUUGAAGGGGAAGGUCAGGUCCGGAUGAUUAUUUGCGCUAAUCCAAGAGCUGAAGACUACGAUGAGACCCUUCAAGUAAUGAGGUUUGCAGAAAUGGCAGCAGAAGUUGAGGUUGCCAAGGCCCAAGUGGUCGACAUUGGUGCUACUAUUGGUCUUACAUCAGGCCGUCGUAAGGCCAACAGACUCUUCAACAUAGCUAGGGAGAACAUUGCCAGACCUGAAGCUAAAGACCUGGAGCUAGACCUAGGUUUGGUCUACAGCUUGGGACCUGACUUCCCAAGUCUAGAACUGAACAGUUCUCAAGCAGCACACAUUAUCAAAGAAUUAAUGGCACAUUUGGAAAUGAGGAUUAGUCGCAGAGAAGCUUUGAAAAGAAGCAAAGCCAUAAAAGAUGAAAGAUUAAGAUCAGAGUUACUAGAGUUAGAGAAAGAAUCUUUAGAAGUACGAAGUGAGAAUGCUUCUCUGAGGGGACAAUUAGCUGCAGCAGAAAGAAGAGUUAAAGCUUUAGAAGAGAGGUUAACAGCCACAGAAAAUGCUUCCCUUUCCCACCAGAGAAAAUUGAAUGAAAUGACUGAGUAUACAUCUUCUCUCAAAAGAGAAUUGCAAGAGAAAGACUUGAUGUUAAGCCAAAACAAACUAGAUAAAGAAAAGCAAAAGAAGAUUCUAGAACGAAAGUACAAUCAUAAGAUUGCAGCUGAACACGAGAAAGCUAGGGAAAUCAAUUCCGAGAAGGAAAGACUCCGGAAUGCUAUAGAAGAAAAGGAGAACAGACUGCGUAUUAUAGCAGAAGCAUUGAAUGACAGAGGUGAUAUUGUAGAUUCAUACCAAAAAACAGACAUGGCUGCUCAAACUGGAAGAGAGUUUACUCCGGGAUCUACACCUCGAGCAUUACCUGCCCAUCUAUUAACUCCCUUUAGUUCAGUACCCCAAACAAGAGAGACUCCUACUUCUUCGCGUAGAGGCAUCGCUGUAGCCAACCCUCGACACCGAAGGUCCUUGUCGGCUGAUGGUAGAGGAUGGGUAGAACACGCCCCCAACAACUUAGUACCUAUGGGCACUGUGUUAAAGCCCAGCAUUGUUAACAGUAAAGUUGUCAAUAAAUUGAAAACUGUGAAAGACAUUACCAAUUCGAAAACAUCUAAGUAUUGCCUCAUAUCUCAAGAACAGGAUACUGAUGGGGAGUUAGAAACAAAACUUUAUAAAGGUGACGUCAUCCCCACUUGUGGAGGGGGUGCUCAGGUCAUUUUUAAUGAUGUAGAAAUGAUGACCCAGUUCUCACCUACUCGUGAAUCUCAAUCUAAUAGGUCUAACAGGCAGUCUGGGACUACCUGUGCAAGGCAUUCAGGAAAAGGAGGGAUACUGCCUGUUCCCCCGCCCACAGACACCGUCAAAUACCAGUAAAAAGCAGAGAGUAGAUGAUGAUUAAGGUGAGAAUAUUUCUAUAAGGUUUUGUAAAGGCUAAGUUCUGCUGAUGCUACAAUAUUGGUCUGUAAACUGCCUUAUUCAUAACACUUAUUGUUGGCUCACUAUUACAAGGUUCUAUGUUAUACUUUUAACACAAAUUGAAUUAUACAUACAUCUAUAUCACAUGACUCUGUCUUAUCAUAUAAAAAAUUUCAAUAAUUCUGAAUAAUACAUAAAAGAGGAACCAUGAAUUAUAGUAUUCAAAUAUAAAAUUAAUUUCUCUGAUAAAUGGAUAUUAAAACAUUGGGCUUAAGAUGGUGAGCCAACUUUGUAACAAUACUUAUCUUUGAUAUGUUUGUCAAUUUCUAUCUCAGGUUAUUUAGCCAAUGGUAAUAAACCUAUUGAAUUAGUAUCAGAAAAUACUGCCUGUUAGGCUUUUGAGGUCCAUAGUUUGAUUCCCAUUUGAAUAAAUAAAAUGGUUAUUAGUUUGAGAGUCAAUUUGAUCUGAGUAAGAAUUACUGUCCAAAAUAGAGAAAUAUUAGCCAACUUUUCAUGGGUUAGUAAUAAACUCUGAAGGCUGCACUAUUUACAGAUACUUGCACCAACAAAGGAAAUUUGUUGUAUGUUGCAAAAACUAUUGAUGAAAAAAUAUAUAAAUUUCAUAUACAAUGUUUGUAUAAAACUUCAAAUAAUUUAAACAAGUACAUCAUAUUUUCUAAGCUGUCAUUAUUUCCAAACUUUUUGUAUUUUUGUCUCUUCUAUUUUACUUAUUUAUCUUUUCAUUCAAAAUUAUAAUAACUUUAACUUGAGACUUGACUUUGAAGUUAAGCUGUGUCUUUAUGAUUUUUAUUUGAAUAUAUUUG